AUGCUUUUCGCUCUACUGUCUUCAGUGCUGCUCGUAGGAAAUGUAUGGGCAGCUGUGGAUCAGAACUGUACAAUAUAUGAUGGCAAUGACCUUAAGUUCGCCGAAUCUGCAGUAAACUGUGAGGAUAAAUUGUCGUCUACCAAUUGCGCCCUCUUAUACCCAAAAGAAGCGGUCGCAGGACAUGAUGCAGAGCGAGAUCCGAAGUGCAGCGGAGAUCCGACGAUAGAUCCUCAGCUGGUUCAAGCGGCGGUUGAUCUUUGUCCCAAGACGUGUGGCUACUGCUGUCUCACACCCGCCUUUUCAUGCAAUGACAAGCUGCAGCCAAGGAUACCAUGCUCGUCAGUUACGAAGAUAAUGUGCGAAAAUAAUGCCUGGAAGAGUAUUCUUGAAGAGGAUUGCCCGAAAACCUGCGGUUUUUGUGAUUCAGGUUUGUCUCGGCUAAAGUAA